GCGACCUGAGCUACAAUAUCAUGUGAAUUGAUUCUUGUGACACGAAGAGGAAAAACGGGUUCAGGAGUAAGAGGACCAUCAAUUCAAUGCACAGCUACCUCUCUAGCUGUUCUUGUCUUACAUUUUUAGGCCUGGGUAACUCACACAGACCCACGGCGUUUCAUGGCCGGCGGCAUCUCCAUCAAUACAUGCACUUCGACCGCCUCUGCGUCCAUUUUCGCGUUGAAACACAGCCGAUGAAGCUCUUCGGCGGCUUGCCUCAGGACCAAUCAACACCGCGUUGCCCCCUGACAGCAAAUAUCCUUGGCGUCCGUCAUCGGCGCCAAACUUUAGCGAUUGGAGAUGCAGGGCACCAGGCUAUCUGGGCCCUCUCUACACGCCAGGAGGGCGCCAACGUGAUUGUGGCGCGUUCUUGGUGGCUCACUCAGUUGCACAACUGGAUCGCAUAUAAGACGUCCAGACAGUCAUCUUGCCCACGGCAUCACAUCCUUGCGAGUCUUCGUCGCAGUAUACAUUCACUCCAGCAGCUGUGCUGCUUUGUUCUCCUACUAUAAUUAUUGGGGUCUACUCUUAGAUUUCUUGUACUCUCCGUUAUCAAGUUUCCAAAUUCUUUGCCGAUCAUUGUACAAAAACAGCCGCCCCUUGUCCACGAGGCGCAACUGCCAUUUACAACACACCAUCCCGCUUCAACGACGUCACCGCGAUAACCCCUGCUCAACCACCAUUUCUUUGAGGGCACGCGCCUCGUCACCAACUUUUGUCCCAGAGGCAAUUAUAAUAGUGACUGCAUUCCUCUGUCGUCACCACUCCGUCGCACUCGCACACGCAUCGCGCGCAACAACCGACUCACUCUCCCUUCACCUUGCAAAAGAGCCCCAACUCGCACCACCCAAACUAAACUCU